AUGAAAAGAAAUACUAAUAAUAAAUCCGAUCAAAGCAAAACAUCUGCUCAUUUAUAUGGAGUGCUUUUAUAUAAGAAGAAGGAUAUAAUAGCAAUUCAAGAAAAACUUGGUAUUAAUAUUAAUACAUUAAAGCAAAUAGAACACGGACCCGAUGGGAAAACACUUGCUGAUUCAUAUGAAUUGUUAUUAGAAUUGGUGGGAGAUUUAAUAUCGAUACAAGAGAAUCUCAACAUUGAUGGUAACCCCAUUCUGGCAGUGGGAUAUAAUAUUGUGGUAAAUCAAAACAUUAGAGGUUCUUCCGAUUUAUCACUUUCGAAAUUAUUUAAUUUGCUUUUAUACUUGAAAGAGGAUAUAAACUCAAUUCAGGAAAAACUUGAUAUUGUCGGUUAUACUAAUCAAGAAAUAGCAGAAGAAGCCGAUAAAAAUGCGAGAGUGUACCUCCAGAAGUUUGAGAAAUUCCACGGCCCCUUAGAAGAUGUUCCAAGUGUGAUAUUACAAAAAUUUUGCAAAAUGGGGGUAAAGAAAAUUUGGUUUACUGGAGAGGGACUACCAUUAUUUCCAAACGUCUCUCCUCAUCAAUUACAUGAGGUUUUCGUCAAAAAAUCGGCUAACAUCGCCAAAAAAAUAACUAAUGCUUAA